AUUUAUGCUUUAAGUGAGAAGUUGCGUCCUCUACUUGAUCUGUGUGUUUCUGUGACUGGUGGGGUACAUUUUGACCUUGUUAAAAGGGUUUUGUGGGACAUACAGCGUGCCAGAUAAGAACCUGAAGAGAUUAUUCAUCAAAUUUCAGAAACAAAGGAGAAAACUUGUUUAUUCUUCUGCUAAUUAAAUUUUAAAUUGACACUAGUAAGUUCAUUUACUUGAAUCUCCUGAGCCCUGGCCAUUUAUACCGACUUCUCUAUAUUAUGCAGGUUUAUCCAAUGUACAAGGCGUUCAUUGAACCAGACUUGCAAACAGCACAUAUAAAAUUCUCCAACAAGUUCAAUCCAUUUACAGGCUUCCAGAAUCCAACCUACAUUCUAAAGUCACCAAGGAAUGUACCAGUGGGUCAAAUCAAGUCUGUUCUUUCCCAAGAACACAAAGAAAGCACAGAAGAAACCUAUGAUAUAUACUUAUUGCCACCAGGUGAAGACCUGGAAGCAUGCUAGUCUUAUUUAAGAAUGAGAAACAGGGAUGGAAAGUAUAAUCUCAUUUGAGGAAUGGGUAACUUAUAAUCCCUUCAUCAUAUCACCCGGAAGUACUUUUGAAGUUAGUGUGCAUCUUCUUGGUGGGUUAAUGGGGCUAGGCUAUACCAUUGCAGCUAUUCUGAAGAGAAGUAGUCGCAUGAUUUAUGAUGACAAGGUGGUUAUGAAAAUUGAUUGGUUAGAGCAACUUAAUCACCGUUACAUUCAGGUGCAAGGAAAAGAGCGACUGUAUGUUAGGCAUAUUGCAGAGCAAUUGGGUCUGGAAGGUGCGUUCAUUCCACGUACUUACAUCGAACAGAUUCAACUGGAAAAGCUUGUGAAUGAAGUGAUGGCAUUGCCAGAUGAUUUGAGGACAAACCUCAGCAUAGACGAUGAUAUGGUCUCUAGUCCCAGAGAAGCACUCUUGCAGGCGUCUGCUCAUAAGGUUGCCGUGAGAAAUAAAUUUCAUAAAAGGUACAACUAUUUUGAAACAAAUCUUCUGUCUAUUUCCUCAGCGGAAUAUCUCAUUCCUUCUCUACACAAAGGGAGAAAAAUAUUGCCAAACUCAGACUUGAUGUCAACUGGAGAAGGUUUGAGAGAACCUCCUGAAUCACCGGCAAUCAGUCGGGAAGCUGUUAAUCAUCUGUCAGAGCAGAUUUCUGCUCUAAAUGAAAGAUUCGAUGAAUUUAGUUCACAAACGGAAGAAUACAAUAAGAAGUUCAGCUCACAGAGAACUUCUAUGAGCCAACAAAACUUGGCCCUCCAAGGGGAAGCCUGCAAUGGCUCUGUCCCGACAUCGCUGUUUGUGUCUAACUUGGGCAAUGGCACCCUUCUGCCCACUUCAUCGUCUUCUUCCCGACUGAAUAAAGAUUCUUCCCUAUUGGAUGAGAUGCACGAGCGCUUGUCUUUGUCAUCUCAGCAAGGCCUAACCGAUAUCAGAAGCAGAUUGCUCAACUGGAAUACAAUAGGGAUACUAGCGAUGGGAUCCAUCGGCAUUGUUCUGUUCAAAAAUCUGAACAGGAAUUAAAAUGAAGCCUUUGAAGAUCCCGAUCGAUGACUUUAGAUAUAUUAACGUGUUCAUGAUGCACAAUU